AUGAAGCUAUCACUCCCGCGACUUGCGGCCCGGCAAGGCCUCGGAGAGCCAUUGUCACACCGGGUAUCUAGUAGCAAAUCCUUCAAUUCCUCCAUUCAAUCCUUAUCUACGCCAUACCACUUACGGCACCUGCAACAUAUCAGCAAUGUCGCAUCUCCUCUGAAACAAGAAAACGCAAAUAGUAGCGACCACCUGCCCUCCCGCAAAAACCACACUCCACCACCAUCUACAAAACCUUCGCAAUCCUCCUCCGCAUCAUCAAUAUCAGAACACGUCCGCCUCCUCAUGCGCCGAGUCCCCUACCCCGUCGCCGUCAUAACAGCCACCGAUCCAACCGGUCCCGUAGACACCACAUCCUUCCGCGGAAUGACCGUCUCCUCGUUCAACACAGUCACUCUCACUCCAGAACCAGUCAUAUCAUUCAACGUCCGCCGACCCUCCGAAACACUCAACGCGCUACUCGCCUCAGGCCGAUUCCUAGUGCAUCUCCUCGCGCCAAGUCCGGCAACCGCAACUCUAGCUAGAGAUUUCUCCAAGGGAAACACCACCCUUGCAUCGAUGUUGAGUGGACAUGGAGAAUUCGAAUUUGGCGCUUGGACCGCUGAGCAGAGGCUCGGCGGAGAAGACGAGAGGCCUCUUCCUAUCCUGAGGCGACGAGGGUCAGACAUGGAGAAGCGUUUGGAUUUCCCGUUUGUGUUUGAGUGCAGGCUUCAUCCGCAGAAGAUUGAUGUGCAUGAUCACUCAAUCGUGCUUGGCACAGUGCUACGAGCUAUUGAAAGCUCGGGGAACUUGCCCCCUGGCCAGAGCUGUGUGGCAGAGUCACCAGAUGAGCAUUCACCGGAACAUCUGUGUCUCACUUAUGCCAAUACCAAAUUCUGGAAGAUGGGUGGUGAAAUUUGA